CUGACCACACUGUCGUCUGCACACAGCUUUUCUGUCAGGAUAUCGUCUGUUUCAGACGUUAUUUUCUCUCGGUCUCAGAAUCCCGCGCGAGUUUUCAGAUUUUGCCUCAGACUGACCAAACGGUCGUCUGCAAAUUAUUUUUAUUCUGUCAGGAUCAUCGCUUGAUUCAGGCGUUAAACCGCGCAAACUUUGACUUUGAGAAAUUCUUCAUGAUUCCUCCACGGGAUCACAGACAGCUUCGAACGGCGGAGAGUAACAACAUGCCCUGCGACCAGCGAGCGGUGCUGCGCGAAACUCAGCGGCAGUGCAUGUACCAGAAGGCCGCCAGUGCAUGCUCGGAAAUGCCGACCAGGCCGAAAGUGGAACUCGAGGCCGAGAACCGCAAGUUGUGGGAACUUUUCCACCAGGCCGGAACGGAAAUGAUCAUCAACACGAAAGGACGGUGCAUGUUCCCAACUCUGACUCUGAACCUCACCGGCCUGAAACCCGAGCGCAGAUACUACAUCCUGGUGAAGAUGAUCCUCACAGACGAAUCGCUGUACGGCUAUCGCAACAACCAGUGGGUCGUGGUCAACGGAGAUGCCAAGCCCAGCGUAGCGGACAGCGUGUAUGUCCACCCCAAGUGUCCGGAGUACGGCGCGAAGCUCAUGGAGCGCCCGCUCGCCUUUCCCGCGCUCAAGCUCAGCAGUAGGAUGCAUGAUGGGAAAAACAUGGUCCAGCUGAGGUCUAUGCACAAAUACCAGCCCGUGGUCCAAGUCGUGGAGGCUGACAACACCACCGACCUGGCCGUGGCUCCUUCCUGGCAGUUCUCGUUUCCUGUUACAGAGUUCAUGGCUGUCUCUUCAUACUACAGCGACAAGAUCAGAAAGCUGAAGGUGGACAACAACAAGUUUGCCAAGAACCUACGGAACCUGGAGUCAGUAGACCGGAGAGAGAGAAGCCAGGGGCAGGUGCCGGCAGUGCCGCGGAUGGUGAGGCCACCAGCGCAGAAGUCCCCCCCUCCCAUCACAUGCGUGCUUCCCCCAACCACCUGUGGAAACAGCACACAAACAGCUUCUCCCACCGCUGCCGACACCCACGUCUCUCCCAAGCAGGGUGUGGUACCGCUCCAGCCCGGCGUGCCCUCAGCCGACCAGUUGUCCGCCUACGCUGCCAAGGUGGCCCAGGAGCCGCCCCUGUCCGUCAAGAUCUUCAACAGCUUCUCCGUGCCUCACCGCCGCCUGCACCACCGCAACAAGUCCCACUACGCCGUCUACAAGCAUCAGGUUGCCUUCGCUCCCAACCCAGAGGGUCUCCUGGCCAUCAGUAAGCACACCACCCCCUCGGGCGUCCACAAUGAUGUGUUCCCGUCCUCAUCCGCCGCUAGCGCGUCCUGUUCUAGCUCCGCCAGCGCACCACAGAGGAACUUUGCACUGCCAGGAAGUAUCUACUCCACUGCUGCUAAGAGGGGCGGUGCGCGUCGGGGGACCUCCAAAAGUUCUCAGGACUCUGUGCGUCUGCCCAGCACGCUGAUGUUGCCGGCGUGUAGCGUAGGCGGCGUUGAUGCCGCCGUGAGAUUCGAACCCUUCAGCGUUCCCAGUUGCAUGCUCGAGUCGUCGGGGCUGACCACAAACGUCCACACAACUGCUGCUAGUACUGUUAGAGUUAGCCCGGAGAUGUUCACCAACGUUCCUGCCACUGCCAGUAGCACCGCUGCCUCCACUAGAUCUAGUGCAACCGUCAACCCCUUGGUGAUGAGGAGCAAGAGCCAGGUCCGCGAUCACCCGUACACCAGGGUAUCGUCUCGAAGCAGUGCGUCCGUCCAGCCGUCCAUCGCGCACAUCACCAGCCAACUGAACAUUCCCAGCAACAUGGCCGCCCAGCCCUGUCUGGUGGCUGCUACAAACCCUGCCGUAUCCAGACAACAACAACAAACAUCAACCAGCGCAGCGCUGACACACUCCACCGGCCCAUUCCACCAACCAGACGUGAGGUUGAACCACUUGUCGUCGGACCUGCUCGUCAACGUCAACCUUCAGUCCCUAGGCCAGCUGGUGAGCCGAGUCCAGCCAAGGUGCAUCCAGCAGGAGAUGCUCGGCGAGCUCUACAACCCGGCCGAGAUGGAGAAACUACGGGCGACCACCACUAUGCAGGCCCCCAUGGCGUGCACCACCGCCGCCCUCCACACCCAGCAGAUCUCCGACAUCCCCCUUACACAGCCUCUGCAGCCCACGGCGCUGGCCUACAUGAGACAUUUCCCGGGCGUGCCCGCUACCUUCACGCCAACCAGCAACGAUGUGGUCAAUCCCAUCGCAGUCCGCACCAAGGCACAGCUCAAGGCUUACCCUACGCACAUGGGAUACUUCCCCCUGCCUCCUGGAAUGGUAUUAUAAGAAAUUCCAGCUUGUUGCAAGUAUAACAAACUAGCUUGUCUCCUUUGUAAAACCGGACAAGUGGAAUUUCGAUUAUUGAGUUCAGGCCUUACCAAAACUCACAACAUCGGAUAGUUAUAAAAAGCCAGAUUUAAGUAUUACUAAGCAACGAUACGACGAGUCCUGUAGUGCUAAAGUAUCAAACAUUAGAAAAAAGGGAACUCUCCCUAAUUAGUAGUCUUAUUACUUCCUGUUACGAACCAGCCUGUAUAUACUAACGUCUUAAAGGAACUGAAUGAUGGUGCUACCUCGCUGGACACCUCAACAAAGGUGACAGGAGUUCUCUCGACAACUCAGGGUAAAUUAAAGAACAAAGAGAUUCUAUACAAAUAUAUAUGAAGACUGUCCAGUAACUGCAAUGUAAGGCCUACCAGUGUACCUGGAUAGAAGUUGCUGAAAAGACUCAAGUUGCAAUGUAUCAGGGCUGCUACUAUGUUAUGUUUUUUUAAGAUUAUUAUCUGUCCACUGCAGUAUUUUAAGAAGCAGCAUACCUUGAGGAGCAUUCGAUGACGUGGAAAAAGAAGUUGCAUUUGGAUUUGAUGUACAAAUUCUUUACUACUAGAUUUUUUAUGUUUUUGAAUUGGUUCGAUGUUAAGUAGAAUAGAUUUGACAAAACUACUUCUAGUAGGAAAGUAGAUUUCGUUUUUGUUGUUCUUUUGUUCGUUAUGGUGUAUUUGUUGUUAGUUUUGACGUAAAAUGUUGUCAGAUGUUGUGUUAGAAGGAAGGUGCCAAAUGAAGAUAUGCAUGUGGCAAACUCUCAUGACUUUAAAGUUUAAGCCAUACAUACCUGAAGUAGACUGACGCUUGAAAUAAAGUGUUUCAACUUGGUCAACUUU